UCUCUCUCUUGACUUGACUCUUUGAGUGAAGAGAAGAAGAUUUGUUAGCUUUAAGCUUAGCAACAGCUAACUUCCCUUCUCUCUCUCACUGUCAAAACACUGAACCCUAAAAAAACCCAAAAACCAUGAAAUCCGCUCAGGAGGAGAACAUUGUGUUCAUUUCCGGUGGUACAUCGAAGAAGAGACGAGCAGCUGCAUCAGAUCAGUGUGUGCAAGUUCCGGUUUCGUCGAAAAAGCGAGCCGCUCUGGGAGAGAUUACAAACUUCACAAACUCCCUACCGACUGUGAAAUCAGUCAAUGUAGUUGUUGAAAAAGCCAAGAACAAGAUCGUAUUGAAGAAGCGGAAAGUGAAGGAAGAGAAAAGGAAAUUAGAAGCGGAAAUUGAAGCCGUUUACGCGACUGAUAUCGAUAAAUAUGUUCAUUUCAUGGAGGUUGAAGAUAAGAGAAGGCCAAUGUAUGAUUAUCACUGACGGACCUACAGCUGGGCUAACCUGGGUUUUAUUUAUUUAGCCCAGGUAGCCGUCACAGCCCAAAAUCCUAAAAAUGUGAAUUAUUAUGCUCGACAAGGUUAUUACCCCGGACAACAAAAAUAAUUAAGAGUUCUUGGAUCCGUCCCUGAUGAUUAUAUGGAGAGAAUUCAAGAAGAUAUAACAAUUCAAAUGCGAGCGAUUUUGGUAGAUAGGUUGGUUAAAAUAGCUCAAGUGUAUGAAUUUGUGGAAGAUACACUUUAUCUUACUGUCUCUUACAUUGAUAAAUUUCUUUCGUCGAAAUCUGUUCAUCGACAAAGACUUGAAUUGCUUGGUCUUUCGUGUAUGUUUGUUGCGGCAAAGUACGAGGAAAUUGAUCAUCCUAGUAUGGAAGAGUUUAGUUGUAUAACGAAUAAUGCUGGUAUUACUAAGGAUGAAAUGUUGAAGAUGGAAAGGGAAAUACUUAGAUUGUUGAAUUUUUGUUGGAUAUUUUCAACGUUUUCAAGGUUUGUCGCUACGCAGAGCAGAAUCCGAGACAGCGUCUCGUAGAAUUUUUUUUCUGGUUUUACUUUGUAAAAUUUAGAAGUUUCCAUUCAAAAUUGAACAGACGCGUCUCUUCCCAUAAGCCACCAUUAAUGGCUUUUGGAAGCGUCC